GUAUUCAGAAGUGGUCAGCUUCGACAUCAUCAGGUAAUCAGAAAUGCCGGUCGAAGUCAAGGAGACACCUGCCCCGCUCAAGCGCCAUGACUCGCUGUUCGGCGAUGCAGAGAAGGUCUCCCAUUCCAAGCAUCAUGGCUCCCAGGUGAGCUGGAUGCGGACGUUGAGCCUUGCUUUCCAGAGCAUCGGUAUCAUCUACGGUGAUAUCGGGACAUCACCGCUUUAUGUCUACUCCAGUACCUUCCCUAAUGGAAUCAAGAACACUGAUGAUCUCCUGGGCGUCCUGUCGCUCAUCCUCUACACUCUAAUCAUUAUACCGAUGCUCAAGUAUGUCUUCAUCGUACUGUAUGCCAACGACAACGGAGAUGGUGGCACAUUUGCGCUUUACUCGCUGAUAUCACGGUAUGCAAAGAUAAGGAUGAUUCCGGAUCAGCAAGCUGAGGAUGCGGAAGUGUCCAAUUACCACAUUGAAGCCCCGAAUUCACAGCUGAAGAGGGCGCAAUGGGUGAAGGAGAAGCUUGAGUCCAGCAAGGCAGCCAAGAUUGUACUCUUCACCCUCACCAUCCUUGGCACAUCCAUGGUGAUAGGCGAUGGAACCUUGACACCAGCAAUUUCUGUGCUCUCUGCAGUGAGUGGGAUAAGGGAAAAGGCACCAAGCUUGACUCAAACACAAGUGGUCCUCAUAUCGGUGGCAAUUCUGUUCAUGAUCUUCUCAGUCCAACGUUUUGGGACUGACAAGGUCGGGUAUACCUUUGCUCCAGUUAUCUCAGUGUGGUUCAUUCUGAUUGCUGGUAUCGGACUGUACAACCUCGUUAUUCACGAUAUCGGUGUUCUACGGGCCUUUAAUCCGAUGUACAUAGUACAAUACUUCACAAGGAACGGGAAGGAUGGAUGGGUUUCACUUGGUGGAAUUGUCUUGUGUGUCACAGGCACCGAAGGUAUGUUUGCUGACCUAGGACAUUUCAACAUCAGGGCUGUUCAGAUCAGCUUUAACGGAAUCCUCUUCCCAUCGGUAGCACUGUGUUACAUGGGACAGGCGGCUUAUCUGAGAAAGUUCCCAGAGCACGUUCCGGACACCUUCUAUAAAUCCAUACCAGCACCAAUGUUUUGGCCAACCUUCAUCGUUGCCAUUCUUGCUGCCAUCAUAGCAAGCCAAGCUAUGCUCUCUGGUGCAUUUGCUAUCCUCUCCAAGGCCCAAUCUCUCGGAUGCAUGCCCAGGGUUCGAGUGAUCCACACCUCACGCAAAUAUGAGGGGCAGGUGUACAUUCCUGAGGUAAACUUCAUGAUGGGACUGGCGAGCAUCAUAGUCACAAUCGCCUUCAAAACAACCAAUCACAUUGGCAAUGCUUAUGGGAUCUGUGUCGUGACCACCUUCUCGAUCACCACCCAUCUGAUGACCGUCGUGAUGCUCCUCAUAUGGAAGAAGCACGUCAUCUUCAUCGCACUGUUCUAUGUAGUGUUUGGCUCCAUAGAGUUGAUCUAUCUCUCUUCCAUACUGUCGAAGUUCAUUGAUGGUGGAUACCUUCCGUUCUGUUUUGCGCUGAUCGUGAUGAGCCUGAUGGCAGCAUGGCACUAUGUCCAUGUCCAGAGGUACUGGUACGAGCUUGAACACAUUGUGCCUAUUAGUGAAAUGACAACGCUUCUCGAGAAUAAUGACGUGCGGCGGGUCCCUGGGGUGGGCCUCCUUUACACGGAGCUGGUUCAGGGUAUCCCCCCAGUAUUCCCUCGGCUGGUCAAGAAGAUACCAUCUGUGCACUCCAUCUUCAUGUUCAUGUCAAUCAAGCACCUGCCGAUCGUGCGUGUGGUGCCUGCAGAGAGGUUCCUCUUCCGGCAAGUCGGCCCAAAGGAGCAUCGAAUGUUCCGGUGCGUAGCACGGUAUGGGUACAGUGACAGUCUGGAGGAUCCCAAGGAGUUUGCAGCAUUUCUUAUGGAUAGGCUCAAGAUGUUCAUCCAGGAGGAGAGCGCAUUCGCACAGAACAAACCAGAGAGCAACAACAGCAUUGAAGUUUCAGAAGACCAGACCAGGCCGAGGCGAUCUACACAAACUGCAGUGUACAGUGAGGAGGUGAUCGAAACACGGCUGAGCAACCACUCUGGGAGGAUCACUAGUUCCCGUGCACUGAACCAGACAGUUGAGGAGGAGAAGCAGCUGAUUGACAAGGAGAUGGCGCAAGGGAUGGUGUACCUGAUGGGGGAGGCGAAUGUUACAGCUAAAGCCAACUCCUCGAUCUUGAAGAAGAUAGUGGUGAACUAUGUUUAUACAUUCUUGAGGAAGAACUUGACACAGGGGCAUAAGGCACUGGCCAUUCCGAAAGACCAGCUGCUCAAAGUUGGGAUCACAUAUGAAAUAUAGUGAUUUUACCCAAGUACGAGGCGAGCCUAACCAUGUGAUUCUGGGUCCAUGGCGCUGAAUUUAAAGAGCAAAUUAGUGCCAUUGUCGAUUCAAUAAAGAGGCAUGCAGGUGUGUGAGGGGUUUUGCUUUGGUUGGAAGGUUUUCCUUUUCAUUUUAUCUGUACAGUGUGGCGUUAUUCGAUGUGUCCAAUGUAAGGGUAAUAUUUCCUUUUGCAACUAAAGUGUGACUGGUCUCCCAGGCAUAAGCAAAGUUCAUAAUAUUUCAUAUAUUUACCAAAGGAUAAAAAAAUAUAUUUUAUUACCA